GCGGGCGCGUCGGGGACCCGGGCGAGAUGCCCGGAGCGGCCGCUGCGGCCAGUAGCUGCCGCGCCACCGCCGGUCCCUUCACCGGCCGCCGGGUUCAGACCUAGCCGGCAGGGGUGAGAGGGAUGCAGCUAGGGGCCCAGCUCCCGUGCCGCACCCCGUAAAGGGCUGACCUUCCACCUCGCCAUCUCACCCUCGGGAAGCCAACACCAAACCAGCUUAGACCUCCUCUGGUGCUUGUAAAACUGAACACAGCAAAAGUAUGGAUAUGGGAAAUCAACACCCCUCUAUCAGUAGGCUUCAGGAGAUCCAAAAGGAAGUAAAAAGUAUAGAACAGCAAGUAAUUGGCUUCAGUGGUCUGUCAGAUGAUAAGAACUACAAGAAACUGGAGAGGAUUCUAACAAAACAACUUUUUGAAAUAGACUCUGUGGAUACUGAAGGAAAAGGAGACAUUCAGCAAGCCAGGAAGAGAGCUGCGCAAGAGACGGAGCGUCUUCUCAAAGAGCUAGAACAGAAUGCAAACCACCCGCACCGCAUCGAAAUACAGAACAUUUUUCAAGAAGCCCAGUCCCUGGUGAAAGAGAAGAUCGUGCCCUUUUACAGCGGGGGCAACUGCGUAACUGAUGAAUUUGAAGAAAGCAUCCAAGAUAUCAUCCUGAGGCUGACCCACGUCAAGACCGGGGGGAAGGUCUCCCUGCGCAAGGCGCGCUAUCGCACGCUCACCAAAAUCUGCGCGGUGCAGGAGAUCAUCGAAGACCGCACCAGGAAGCAGCCUUCCCUGCCGCUGUCCGAGGCCGCGCACCCUUCGGUCGCCAAAAUUAACUCUGUGAUGUGUGAGGUGAACAAGGCCAGGGGCGCUCUGGUUGCGCUUCUGAUGGGCGUGGGCAGCGACGAGACCUGCAGGCACCUCUCCUGCGUGCUCUCGGGGCUGAUGGCGGACCUGGACGCCCUGGACGUGUGCGGGCGCACGGAGAUCCGGAAUUACCGCCGCGAGGUCGUGGAGGACAUCAACCAGUUACUGAAAUAUUUGGAUCUAGAAGAGGAAGCAGACACCACCCACGCAUUUGACCUGGGACAGAAUCAUUCCAUCUUAAAGAUAGAAAAGGUCCUCAAGAGAAUGAGGGAAAUAAAGAACGAGUUCCUUCAAGCGCAGAACCCUUCCGAACUGUACCUGAGCUCCAAAACGGAAUUGCAGGGCCUGAUCGGACAGCUGGACGAGGUGAGUCUGGAGAAGAACCCUUGCAUCCGGGAGGCGCGGAGAAGGGCGGUGAUCGAGGUGCAGACCCUCAUCACCCACAUCGACCUGAAGGAGGCCCUGGACAAGCGGACGACGCUGGCGUCCGAGGAGCCCCCGCCCCAGAGGGCCGUCUGGAGCAUCCUGGGGAACCUGGCCGAGAUCCAGGGGGAGGUCCUUUCCUUCGACGGGAACCGCGCGGACAAGAACUACAUCCGGCUGGAGGAGCUGCUCACCAAGCAGCUGCUGGCGCUGGACGCCGUGGACCCGCAGGGGGAGGAGCGCUGCAAGGCGGCCCGGAAGCAGGCGGUGCGGCUGGCCCAGAGCAUCCUCAGCCACCUGGACCUGAAGUCCGACGAGUGGGAGUACUGAGCCGGGGCGCCGGGUGUUCCGAGAGCGCUUCCGGUCGGGGAGCCGCGCCGGGAUCUGUGCGUGCGUAUUCCAAUCUCACCGUUUAUGAUUUAGGCAAAUUCUAUUCGGUAUCUCUGCAGCUUUUGAUGUUGCAAACCAAAUAUCAUUACAGCACAUUAACUUUUCCAUUUGGAUCGUUAUCUGUAUGUUGUGGUGUGGUUUUUUGGGGGGUUUUUUAAAUCACAAAGUGGACCGGGCCGCUCUUGUGAUCUUUAAGUGGGUUGUGCAGGCCUCUCGGAUCUACGUAGAGAGGUGACCUCACUCCGCUCUAGAACAAUUAUGAGAAGGGGGAAAUUAGGGGUUAAGUAGAGCUAACAGCGAUGCAGAGAGAUGUUUUAUUAUGCUAAAUAAAGCAGAAGGGGUUUUUCCCCUUCGUUUCUAAGGCCUGAUUGGUCCAACCCAGGUUAAUAGGGUGGGUUUUUGUUUUUGGAUUUUCUUUUUUUUCAUAAACAUUUUUUGUUUGAAAAAUGGUGUCUGUAUUUUCCCCAUACUCUGCCUGUAGGGGGAGAAAUCUUAGUUUUAUGUGCAAUAUGAGACAAUUAUGAAAACUAGUAGAGAAAAAAACCCUUUGAGACCGCAUCAAAGAAGGGAUCAAACAAACACCAAACCCCCUUCAAGUUGUCCUUGUGUGUGCAACCCGGAUCUCCAGCUUUCCAUGGUAAUUAGUAAGGAUGGGCGCAUUUAAGGCAAGAGACCUUUAAAAAAGAAAGGAAGGAAGGAACCCCCCCCUUGCGGGGCCGGCGUCUGGCUGCUCCACUCAGCGAGCACGUCCGAACGUCGCUGCGUCGGCCGCUGGAGGCCACGGGACGGACAGACGCCCUCCAGCUCUGAGAGCAGAGGGGGCUAGACGUGUACAGCCUGCGCCCCGGCCUCGAGCAGCGGUCAAGUCCGUCCACGAGCAGCGGUCAAGUCCGUCCGUCCGCAGUCAAGUCCGACGCGGCUUUCCUCCUGCCCGAGGGAGGGCGAGCGUGUUUCCUUAAAUGCUUUCUGAGGAUUGCGUUUCACGGCUGCCAGUCUAUGGGGACAAAAGAAUUUCCCCGAAUUCUAUAGUGCCUCGGUGACACGUCGGUCCCAGUAUUGCAAGGAACAAUACUCUUUUCUCGCUUUACAUGGAAGAAUCCUGUAUCUUUUGGACCCUAUAAUCUGUAAUUUUCUUUCAGAUACUAAUUUGGUAACUGUGUAAGCAGCUAAAAAUAAGAGAUAAGGGAAGAGCCCUAAAUACCUAAAAAUGAUAAAAGUGUGGCCCUAAACAUAUUUUCACUUUGUCCAAUAAUGAAAAGCCCUUGAUGUGUCUUUCCUGCUAGAAGUGUUCUAGAGGCAGCUGAUAGUGGGGUCAGCGGGGACGUGCGCAGCCCCCCGAGCCCCUCCCUGCGCACGCCCAGACCCCGCAGCUGCGGCUACCAGUGCAGGUCACUGGCAGCUCAUUUGGGCCAAAGUCCUUUUAGGAUUGCUGUUCUGCACCCUAGUUUUAGGGUGCUUGUAAAAUCUUGGGAGUUUUUUGAUCCGGUGCCGUCUCAGUCUCCCCACCAGGAGGUCUAGGCUGACCCUCCGUCACCGCAAGCGCACCCUGCGCCGGGCUCUCCUUCAGUUUCAAUGUCAGAUUUGGAAAUUCAGCGUCAGCAUUUCCUUCAGGAGGAUCCAUUGUUCUUUGAAAAGGGAUCUUCCGGAACUGUUCAUUUCAAACAAUGUUUGCGGUGCCCUUGGUGGCGUUGCCCCAUGCCACCAGGCCUGGAGCGCUGUCCUGAGGGCACUGAUGUGCGCAGAGCCUUGCGGGUUCCUCACGUGGGUAAUUUUUGUCAUCGAGGUGAUCAGGUCAGCCUUGAGUGUUCAGGCACGACAUUCCUGUCCCCCAGCCUGUCCCGGUCCCUUAUGCCUGUUCGGUCGCCCAUAAGGAACCCUGGUGACACGGGUUCUGGCUCUUCGUGCCCCUCACUGGGAGGUGGCCGUGGUGAUCGGGGCCUGCCGCAUGUAACCGCAGAUCGGGCUCACUACCUUGUAUUGUUUCCAUGACCUCACGUGAAGAGAACUUGUAUUGGAAGUAAAUCCUACCCUCUCGAUGUUUGGCCUUGGGUCUGCAUUAAACGGUAUAAUCCAUGUUCAUGCAAAAACUGGCUGGGAACGUUGCUUUCUUUACCUCAAGUGCAGACUGCUUUGCUUUCGGAUGGUCUUUACCCCAGUUAAAGUCCACCGACCUAUAAUGAAGUCGUUGUGAACGCAGUAAGUCUACGCUGCACAGUGGGAUGCUUGCUUUUGCUACAGCCCCAGCGCCUGGCGGGGAGGGUGUAUCUGAUCCAGGUUGCGUGUGCAAGGCACGCCCUUUUUCUCAUUUGUUUUACUUUGCGAGUUUUUAUCUGGUUUCUGAAGAUCUAAGCUUACCCUGUACAUACAGGUUAUUUUUAAGCAAAGCUUUUCAGCUUUUAGUGUGUUUAGUAGUAUUUUUCUAAGAAUGAUUGGAGAAUGAUUUGCCGUUAGUUUUGGUGCACAGCACAGAGGUGUCACUCUGGCGUGUGGGUUCCUGUCCCCUCUGUCCAUUGUAAGACUGUUGUCAUCGGAAUCUGAAAUAAUGCAGUAUCUUGAGAUGUUAGUAUAUCCUUAAUUAUUAAUGAAAUAAAAACCUCUUAGUUUA